AUGGCCAAGUCCGUUCCUCUUAACACAGAGAAGAAGAUCACCGACGACCAGUCGAUGACAGUAGAAGACUCCGACCCCAUAGCUGGCACUAUGGAUGACCUUAACCUUGAACAGAUGGGCUACGUGCCUCAGAUGAAACGAGAGUUUAGUCUGAUACAAUUGAUCGGAAGUGCAUAUACUCUGACCAACUCAUGGCUGGGGGUAGCUGGAGCAUUUACCACUGGAAUCACCGCAGCGGGCUCUGCCGGAAUCAUUUACGGUCUGAUCCUGAUGUUUAUCCUCAACAUCUUCGUCGGAAUUUCGUUGAGUGAAUUAAUCAGCGCGAUGCCCAAUUCAGGAGGGCAAUACUAUUGGACAAUGAGACUUGCACCGCGGAAAUAUGCCCGGUCUUUUGCCUAUAUUACAGGUGUGUGCAAUUUAUUUGCCGCCUAUUGUACGACAGCUAGUACAUCAAUCGCUAUCAGUAUGCUUAUCUUUGGAUCUGUUAAACUGGCUGUACCGACCUUUGUACUUUCUGCGUGGCGUGUUUAUCUUGGAGCUGUUGCUCUCAACCUUACCGCCGGCCUGGUGAAUAUAUGGGAGAAGGCUGUUACCAAGAGCGUUCUUGUAGGACUUUACGUCAGUAUUCUGAGCUGUGUUCUCAUCACGAUUGUCCUUCCAGCAACUGCAGUUGGUCACACUGAUGCCAAAUUCAUAUUCGGCACCUUAAAUCGAAGCAAUGGCUGGUCUUCCGACGGCAUGGCAUUUAUUGUGGGGUUAAUUAACGCUAAUUACUCAUUCGCUGUCCUUGAUAGUGCGGCACAUCUCGCAGAGGAAACGCCAGAUCCUGCACGAAAUGUGCCCAAGGCAAUCAUGAUGACAGUCAUUAUAGGAUUUUUGACUGCCUUUCCAUUUGCAUGUGUCUUAAUGUACUGCCUAACCGACUUUGAGAGUGUCGUCAGUACUCCGACAGGUGUUCCCAUUCUUCAGCUUUUCUACGUUGCGUAUGGGUACCGCCAGUCAGCGGCAUUAGCAACCAUGGCGUUUGUGACCAUCUCUUAUGUCUGUUCUCUCUUUCCACAACAUGCCUAUCAAGCUCGAAUGUGCUGGGCUUUCUCUCGGGAUAAUGGGAUGCCCUUUUCAAAAUACUGGUCGCAUAUUGAUCCUUCAACACACGUUCCACUCCGAGCUCACCUACUUUCUGUGAGCCUAGUGUUUGCUAUUGGGCUCAUUUACAUUGCAUCUAGUACUGCUUUCAAUAGUCUGAUAACUGGCGUCAUUGUAUUCCCAUACCUGACGUAUCUGGCCCCAAUGAUCUGCUCAAUCUGGAGAGGAGAAAAUCAACCUCGUGGACCUUUCAAUCUUGGAACCAUAGGCCUGAUUUCCAAAGUGAUAACGGUGGUCUUCUGCCUUUUCACGGUCAUGAUGUAUUCGUUCCCAUUCGUGAUGCCCGUCACCCCAUCAAACAUGAAUUAUAUCACAGUUAUCUAUGGUAUAGCUCUAGGAUAUGGAUUGAUUGAUUGGUUCUCGCGAGCGCGACACCAGUUCAAAGUCCACAAGGAUGGGCCUGUGUCGAACGAGUUAGGUGAAACCUCGAAUUAG